AUGCUGAAUUCACACUGCAGCAGUCAUCAGAGAAUUUGCACAGGUGAGAAACCAUGUGAAAGUAAGGAAUGUGGAAAAACUUUUAACCAAAAGUCAAGCCUCAGCAUUCGUCCCAGAAUUCCCAGAGGUGAGAAACUAUAUGAAUGUAAGAAAAGCAGAAAAGCUUUUAACCAAAAGUCAUAUUUCAGUGGUAAUGAAAUAAUUCACACUCGUGAGAAACCAUAUAAAUGUAGAGAAUGUGGAACUUUUAGCCAAAAGUUACACUUAAGCAUUCAUCACAGAACUCAAACAGGUGAGAAACCGUAUGAAUGUAGAAAAUGUGGAAAAACUUUUACCCGAAAGUCACACCUCCGCAGCCAUCAGAAAAUUCAUACAGGUGAGAAACCAUAUGAAUGUGAAGAAUGUGGAAAAGCUUUUAACAAAAAGUCAAAGCUCAGCAUUCAUCAGAGAAAUCAUACAGGUGAGAAACCAUAUGAAUGCAAAGACUGCGGGAAAGCUUUUAGCUGGAAGUCAGACCUCAGGAAGCAUGAGAGAAUUCACACAGGUGAGAAACCUUAUGCAUGUAAAGACUGUGGAAAAGCAUUUAGGGAAAAGUCAAGCUUCAUCAUUCAUCAGAGAAUUCACACAGGUGAGAAACCAUAUGAAUGCAAAGACUGCGGGAAAGCUUUUACCUGCAAGUCAGACAUCAGGAAGCAUGAGAGAACUCACACAGGUGAGAAACCUUAUGCAUGUAAAGAGUGUGGAAAAGGUUUCAGCCAGAAGUCACAGGUCAGCAUUCAUCAGAGAAAUCACACAGGUGAGAAACCAUAUGAAUGCAAAGACUGUGGGAAAGCUUUUAGCCGGAAGUCAGACCUCAGGAAGCAUGAGAGAAUUCACACAGGUGAGAAACCUUAUGCAUGUAAAGACUGUGGAAAAGCAUUUAGGGAAAAUUCAAGCCUCAUCAUUCAUCAGAGAAUUCACACAGGUGAGAAACCAUAUGAAUGCAAAGACUGUGGAAAAGCUUUUAGCCGGAAGUCACUGCUCAGCAUUCAUCAGAGAAGUCACACCGGUGAGAAACCAUAUGAAUGCAAAGACUGCGGGAAAGCUUUUACCUGCAAGUCAAACAUCAGGAAGCAUGAGAGAAUUCACACAGGCGAGAAACCAUAUGAAUGUAGAGAAUGUGGAAAAACUUUUAUACAAAAGUCACACCUUAGCAGGCAUCAGAAAAUCCACACAGGUGAGAAACCAUAUGAACAUUAAGAAUGUGGAAAAGCUUUUAGUGAAAAGUCAUACUUCAGCAUUGAUGCAGUUUGGAUGUGUUGUUCCCUCCAAAAUUCAUGUGGAAAUUUGAUCCC